GCGGGCGCGCGGGCGAGCGGGCGCGGCUGCACCCUGAGCGCCGGCGGGGCUGCUGGGCCCCGCACCCUGUCUCCUCCUCGCCGCGGGCGCCCUCGGACAUGGUGGCCCCCGGCUCUGUGACCAGCCGGCUGGGCUCGGUGUUCCCCUUCCUGCUGGUCCUGGUGGACCUGCAGUACGAAGGUGCUGAAUGUGGAGUGAAUGCAGAUGUUGAGAAGCAUCUUGAAUUGGGCAAGAAAUUACUUGCAGCUGGACAGCUAGCUGAUGCUUUAUCUCAGUUUCAUGCUGCAGUAGAUGGUGACCCAGAUAACUAUAUUGCUUAUUAUCGGAGAGCUACUGUCUUUUUAGCUAUGGGCAAAUCAAAAGCAGCACUUCCUGAUUUAACUAAAGUGAUUGAAUUGAAGAUGGAUUUCACUGCAGCAAGAUUACAGAGAGGUCACUUAUUACUCAAACAAGGAAAACUUGAUGAAGCAGAAGAUGAUUUUAAAAAAGUGCUCAAAUCUAACCCAAGUGAAAACGAAGAAAAGGAAGCCCAGUCCCAGAUUGUGAAAUCAGAUGAAAUGCAGCGUUUGCGUUCCCAAGCACUUGAUGCUUUCGAGAGCUCAGAUUAUACUGCUGCUAUAACCUUCCUUGAUAAAAUUUUAGAGGUUUGUGUUUGGGAUGCAGAACUACGGGAACUUCGAGCUGAAUGUUUCAUAAAAGAAGGGGAACCUAGGAAAGCAAUAAGUGACUUAAAAGCUGCAUCAAAAUUGAAGAAUGAUAAUACUGAGGCUUUUUAUAAAAUUAGCACACUGUACUAUCAACUAGGAGACCACGAACUGUCCCUCAGCGAAGUUCGUGAAUGUCUUAAACUUGACCAGGAUCAUAAAAGGUGUUUUGCACACUAUAAACAAGUAAAGAAACUGAAUAAACUAAUCGAGUCAGCUGAAGAGCUCAUCAGAGAUGGCAGAUACACAGAUGCGACCAGCAAAUACGAAUCUGUCAUGAAAACAGAGCCAACUGUUUCUGAAUAUACGAUUCGUUCAAAAGAAAGGAUUUGCCACUGUUUUUCUAAGGAUGAGAAGCCUGUUGAAGCUAUUCGAAUAUGUUCUGAAGUUUUACAGAUGGAACCUGACAAUGUGAAUGCUCUGAAAGAUCGAGCAGAGGCCUAUUUAAUAGAGGAAAUGUAUGAUGAAGCUAUUCAGGAUUAUGAAACUGCUCAGGAACACAAUGAAAAUGAUCAGCAGAUUCGGGAAGGUCUAGAAAAGGCACAAAGGCUAUUGAAACAGUCGCAGAAACGAGAUUAUUAUAAAAUCUUGGGAGUAAAAAGAAACGCCAAAAAGCAAGAAAUCAUUAAAGCAUACCGAAAAUUAGCACUGCAGUGGCAUCCAGAUAACUUCCAGAAUGAAGAAGAAAAGAAAAAAGCGGAGAAAAAGUUCAUUGACAUAGCAGCUGCUAAAGAAGUUCUCUCUGAUCCAGAAAUGAGGAAGAAGUUUGAUGAUGGAGAAGAUCCCCUGGAUGCAGAGAGCCAACAAGGAGGCGGUGGCAACCCUUUCCACAGGAGCUGGAACUCAUGGCAAGGGUUCAAUCCCUUUAGCUCAGGCGGACCUUUUAGAUUUAAAUUCCACUUCAAUUAAACCAGCUGUUUUUCUGCUCUUCUUCCUUAAUUUUUUUAAAAGAUUAAAAACAAAGAAACCUUGUUCCGGGAUCCUAAUGAAAAAAAUUCAAAUCUUUUAGUUUGUCCAUGACCAAAGAGUUGUUUUAAUAGGAAAAAUCGUUCUUACCCAUUUUAGACUGGAGGUUGAUGGGUUUGUGGAGGCAGGGAGGCGAAGACUGGUUCUCUUUCUGACAGAGCAGCCCGUGUAAAUGUUUGAGGGUCUGGAAGAAGGGUCUGCGGUAGGCGAACCUGUGGAAGUGCUCACGUAUCUUCCUACACUGGAGCACGCGGAAAUGCUUCUUCACAGCCUUGCGAGGUACAGCAGUGCCUACAUGUAGGAGGAGGAGCUGUGGUCUUCACAAGAGCGGGUUAUGUUUUAGUAUUCUGCAAGACAGUAUCAACACUUUGAGCUGUAUGUUCUUAGGGACAACUUUGCUUAGGUUCUGGUCAGACCAGUUGCUUGCAAAUAAUCUUACAUUACAGAGCCUCCGUUAAUCCACACACAUUCCUAUCUCUGCUGGCAUGAGCAUGGCUGGCGCAGGAGGAGGGAUGGAGCCUGUCUUUUAGAAAACCUGCUCUCAGGUGGUAGUUGAUGUUACCAGGUGCAGACUCUGGAUGGACGUGAAGCACGUAUUUUAUGUUGGGGACCUGCAGGAGAAUACUGAAGACCAUGGUCAUAGAAUUACUUGUAAAAACCUAAGGACCCUUUUGUUUAAUAUGAAACAAAUUUUAAAAAUGUGUAACAUAGGUUCGGAUAAUAGAGCAGUGGUAUUAUUUAAAAUAAGCUUGAAGUGCAGAAUGAAGUACUUUAACAACUGAAGUUGUGAAACAAUUUCCUGUAACAGGACUGCCUUAGAAAUAUAAAGUUGCUCAAUUGACAGAGAAUGCCAUGUUCCCCACUUUUAAUAAAGGCGGGCAGCUUCUCUUCCAUCCUGGCCAACCUCUUGGAUGGUAGUCCCUCCCAAGUGGGACUGUCUGAGGCGGCCAUUAGACAGGAGACCUGCCCCUUGACCGACCCUGAUGCCUGUGAAGGUUCUCUUCCCUGGAAAAAAAUUUAUGUUUACAAAUCUAGUCAGCUCUGGUUGCAUCUCCACCACUAAGAUGGCAUCUCUUUUUGGGAUACCUUCCUCAAACCUUUUAAAAAAUGAAGUAUUCAGUUUUUGUAUACUGGAUAAUUUUUUCCCUAAAAACUGUUGAUUAAGAACCUUAAAUAUUUAUGGAACUAGUAAUACUGCAUUUAAAAUCUAAGAUAAUUACUUUAGGUAAGAGUUAUUACCUUCAUUCUGGAAAGGUUUUUGUUUUGGCCUCAGAGCAUUUUGAUGAGUAUGGGUCUAAUAUAUUGUUUUUGUUUUUGUUUUUGUUUUUUUUUAAAGAAAUCAAGCAUUUUAAUUUCAGGGGUGGGAGAUGUCCUGACCACAACAGCCAAGCACAGGGCAUUUAAGUUUCCUUAAGAUGUUUAAGUCAUCUUGAAACAUAUAUGGAGAAAAGUUCUUUAAACGGAGACAAAAAUCACACAGUUGAGCAAAACACCUUUGUGCUUUUUGCAUCUGUUUAGAAGUCUAUUUCUUACCAAUAAACAAUGCAUUUUGAAAAUUAGUAAACAGUUCGCAGCUUUCCUUUUCUUUUAAGGUCUCAAAAUUCAAGCCAGUGCUAAAAGGAUUUCCAAGGGAAAUUCAGUUUUAUUCUUUCAUUUUAGUAAUCUCAUGACUCCAUUAUCUCAGUAAUAUCAUUCACCAGUCUGGUUCUUUGGUAGAUGAUGUCACCGUGACCAUUUUCUGAUCUACCUACUUUUAAAGUAAGAAUUUUCACACAGAAUAAGGAGGAACUAGGAAAUCACUUGCCUUUCCAUUCAGAGAAGACCAUGAGGAGUCACCCCAAGGAGCCAAAGGGCCAGGACGGUGGGAGGGCUGGCCAGUGGGAGAGGCAUCCUGGGUACUGGUCACCUCGCUCACCGUCAGGCUGCUGCCCAGACGUCUGUUUGCAUUAUUUUGUCAAUACUGGUAAUAACCGGAAUUCCUGUUCCUAAAAUUUUACCGUGGAUUCAGUUUAGCCCCUGUAACUGAGAUGCACAGUUGCUUGCUGGUCUUCAGUGAAGAGACAGGAGCUAUGGUGCCAAGUGCUAGUGCCACAGAGACUUGAGGACAGCACGGCCUGUAAGCCUAGCCUGGGCGAGCACCAGUGGGAGCCCAGGCCCCGUGCUGUUCCUCCGUGACCGAGAGAAGCCCGGGGGUGCAGUCCUCCCAGCCUGCUAGGAGAGGUCCUCACACCACAGAGAGCAAGGGACUGAAAGGCAUUUGACUUGACUUGUUCUUGGGUUUCUUCCACUUGCCAGUCUCCUGGCUCUUGUUUCUGGGGCCUGCAGCUGCCCGGUAACCACUAUGGCUCUUUCUGGAAAAGUAAAAUCAGAGGGGUACCUAGCCUUAGGUUAUUAUAUUCCUUUUUUAAACUCUUUCCUUCCUUUUUGGUAAGCUCCUAAAAUGAAGUAUCACUUGUCUGUACAACGUGGAUAUUUUCCACAGCAGCAAGUAUUAAACACAUCAGCCUAUAAACAUGAGAAGGUUCUAAAAAGAGAAUUUAUUGCCCAUUUUUGAAAGUUUGUGCUUUCUUAGCAUGGAUAAAUGAAAACUUGAAAACAACUUUAAUAGUUUACUACUGUGAAUUGGAUGAACAUAAUGCUAACUUUAAAAAUGUCUCUCUUUAGUCAGUAUUAAAACUUUAUCUUAAUUAUCAGUAUGAAAACAACUUUUUUGGGACUCUUGAAAAUGGAAUGUAAAAACUACCUAUAGUUUUUUUUCUUUUUUUUUUUUAAGAGAGAAAUACUGAUAACCAAGUAGGAAAAAAAUUAAUAGAAUCACAAUUUGAAAUUGGCAGCAUUUCCCAUUUAUGGUGGAAAAUGGAAAAUUUCACCUUUUUUUAAAGCAUGGAAUUGGUCAGAAGUUGUGACAUUUACUGUGGGGAAAAAAUGUGUAAGAUUAGCGUAAGUUAAAAAUGGUCCCUCAGGUUUUGUUAGAGCUGCCUGCCUGAAAGCACAGGACGCUGGGCAACAGGUCUUAGAAAAGUUGUAAUGUCAGUAGUGUAACCUGAGAAAUCCGUGCAACUCUGUUGAAUGUAGUGGACUUUACCAUAUUUAUAAAGGAAGGAGGAAGGCAAAUGCUAACUUGUCAACAAAUAAUAUCCUUAUUCUAAAUCAGAUCAUUCCUUUUGUUAGUAGCAGAGUCUAUUCUCAAUUACAAAUGAUAUUAAUAGGUGGGGAUAAUUUUUUUUUAACAGAUGAUCUCAUUUGCUGAAUGAUUUAAGAGUAAAAUUAGCCACUGCGUGGCUUUAUGUACAGUGACCGGUUUUGUUGCACUCGUCUGUGGUGGACCCCCUUGCCUACAGUGGAAAGCAGAGUGUGGAGGAGGUAAAAAUUGGAGAUGUUUGAGAAGUUAAAAUACUAUUCCUACUGUAAGGCUGUUGCCGGUUCUGAAUGAGACAAGUAAUUUAAUCCAUCUCAAUUUAGUGUUUUAAUAAAAAAACCUGAAAAUUAAUUGAAAUGGGUCUCAGAUAUGUCUGCAAAUAUGGGUACUAUUUUUAUGCCCGUGUAUUUUCACAUUUAAUAAAAAUAUUUAUGGUCAAAUCA